AAGUUCACCAGUAUUUCUGGAAGGUCUACACUUCAGCUCGAGACUUCGACUGGAAUUCCAAUUCAAAUACCAGACGGGACAGCCUACGAUGGCAUAAAGGACGCCAAAAGAGAAGCUCUUGUUAAGUUCCUAAACAAACGUCCUUGGAUAAAAAUACCAAACAAGGAGAACCCCCUACCCCAUAUGAAAUUGGCAAUUCAGUCUCUCCUUCACUUCUCGGGUCAGCCGUUCUACAUAACCUGUGAAGGCGACAUCCAACCAGUUCAGUCAACCUUAACGUUUUGA